AGAAGGAAAACGCUGUAAUGUCAUAAGAGGCCGGGUACAUAAGAGCUGUUCUUUUUAUGCUGAUAUUACGCGGUCUUUGUAAAGAUGCUCAAAGUAACAGUGCUUAGUUUAAAGGCAUCGGCAUCAAGGUGCACGCAGAACUCCAGCUCCAAACAAGUUGGAACUGGCCUCUAUCUGCGACGGGAAGAUCUUUUCGGACGUCGUUGCUUUUCGGUAUGUUCUUGCUUAUGUGGGAAGGUGCUUCCGAGGAAAAAGCCCAAAGAAGUUUUUGAAAUAAACGGACUUGAACCUAUUACUUAUGCGGAUAGAAUGCACUACGUUCCUGGGUUGGCGAAGCCCAAGUUUUCCCCAUGGGAACGUGGUUGGCAUGAUCCCGCUCACUAUCGGUCGCCCAAACAGGAGGAUAUGCCCCUGUACAAAGAAAAAAAUUGUUACAUUUUUAAUCAGAGGACAAAUGCACUUGAAGGUGUGCGCCAAGCACUGUGGCUUACUAAGUCCAAGCUUGUCAAAGGGCUUCCUCCUCAGAUCCUGUCCCUUGCUGAAGAUCCCAACAAUCAGAUUGAGAAUCAGGAUGAGCGAGUCCAGAAUGCCAUCAGACAUGCUCGUCUUUGGGACACAACCGACCCCAGGCCUUCAAGGCAGAGAUUUUGUCCUACUCUGCUGAAGAACCUGCUACACCUCUGUGGUGGACUCCAGGUGACACAACCUGAGCUUGGCAGAAGGAUCUUGGCAGAGAAAUACAGCCUGGCAGCCACAUGGAACAGAGGGGAAGAUCUCUUCCAGGUGAGAGGCCAAAAUGGGCUGCUGUUGAACAGUGCGAGGCCUCUCCCAGCGGUGGCCGGGCAGGAGGAGAUCCAGAGCACGGCAGAUCACGUCCUGGAGAGCUUCUAUCCCAUCUCCCCGACCAUUGACCUGCAGCGUGCCCAUGUUUAUGAUGAGAAGACAGACACGGGUUUCAGAGAGAACAACCCUUACCCCCACGCCCACACUCUCUUCCUAUUGGAAGCCGAUAGCACUCCCAGGCUCAAGCCUGAGCAGCUCCGUGCUAAGAUGGUCAUGUUCACUUUUGGGAAUGCGCUGGCUCGUGCCCAUGCCAACUACGGGAGAGAACCAAGGGUCCUGGAAAAGCCCAUUGUUGUGCAGAGCGUUGCCACUAAUGGCCGGGUUUUCCAGUUUGUGGUGUUCCAGCUCAACACCACUGACCUGGCAUCCGAUAGUGGAGUGAAGAACCUGGUGUGGGUAGAUGAGGACCAGCAGCUCUACGACUUCGCUAAAGUCCGGCCUUUCAUUAAGAAAAAGGUUGUGAAGGUUCCUGCUGGUCUGUCAGGAUAUCAGCCAGACACCUUCAAGAGGUUCCUGGCACUCUAUCUCCAUGGAGCAGAGUAAACAGCCAAUAGGCUAAAAAAGACUUUUACUGGAAUACAUUGGCACUCCUGUCUGGAUGAUUCACCUUCCUGUAACACAGAUGUAACUUUGUGUCUGUUUUUACCCAUUAUCACUGGAACUUUUUCCAGUGCUUAUGGUAGAAAGUCCCAACAAGACACAAUGGAAAUACCUUGAAUAUGUCAAUAACUGAUAUGGCUCUUGCUUUCUUCAUUUUUUUUGUUUAUUAUAUGGAGGACAGAGGCAGAAAUAAGAAAUGCUUUGUGUCAUCUAUUCCCACAGAGACAAAUAAAAAUAAUUUAAUCAGAAAAAUUUCACUAGUCAUUAUUUUACCCUUGCUCUCAGCAAACAAAGUGAACAGUUUACAUUCUGAUGGCUAAAGAACAUUAUAGCAAAUGGUAAUGUAUUACAGGUCCAGAGUCUAUUUCUGUGACAUUUUGUACAAAGACACA